AAUUACUUACAUGUUACGCGAGGGGGUCAAAAGUAACGAAAAAUGUAAGAAAUGUAACCUUCUGGCAACACUGGUUGUAACACUGGUCAGCACGCUUUUCGCGGGUCAUUUACAAUUUGUUGUAUCGUUCCAUCGGUUGUUGAUAAUUGCAAGCUGCAUUUUGAAAUAGUAUAUUUUUAACUGAACAAUGCGUAACGUAGAAAUCAAAGCUGUGAUAAAAGAUUAUUCCAACAUUUGCUUGAAAGCGGAAGAACUUAGCGGCAGCCCUGCUACUAUAAUUAAACAAGAUGACACGUUUUAUCGGGUAAACGAGGGCCGUCUCAAGAUGAGAUUCUAUGCAGACCACUCAGCUACUUUGAUUCGGUAUGAGAGAGACGACAAGAACGGUCCGAAGUUGAGUAACUAUGAGCUGUUACACUUCUCUGUUGACGAGAGUGAAAAAGCAAAACUUCUUGAUGAAAUGCUUAAAAACUGCAUGGGAGAGACAGGACGUGUGCAGAAGACACGAAAGCUGUACAUGGUGGAUCAGACUCGCAUCCACAUAGACACAGUGGAGGGUCUUGGCAACUAUAUGGAAUUAGAAACAGUGCUACGUCCAGAACAGACUGUGGAGGAAGGUCAAGCUAUAGCAAGAGAUUUGCAAAACAAGCUUGGAGUUAAAGAUGAACAUCUUAUUCAUUGUGCUUAUAUUGAUUUACUGAUUGAAAAGUCAUAAUUUUAAGUUUAAAUUUAAAUUCAUCAAUACUGGUAUAAAAGCUUCAUUAAAUGGGGCUUAAAAAUGUUUAUAUAAUGUAAUAUAUUUUUUAUUGAAAUUAAUGUUACUGUCCUAAAAAGGUCCUCAAAGUCCACAAAAUGCUCAACAUUCAAUUUUCAGAAAGUCAGCCUUUUGAUUAUUUGUGCCACAACCUAGGCUACAGCAUAGUGACAUUGCCCAGAAUAAAAACAGCAGAUUGUCUUCAAUAUAAUCUGCCAUGGCGAUUCAUGAUCCUCUAUUUGUAUUUAUUUUCUUUUAUUGAUAAUGUAGGUUUUAACAACUUAAGUUUAAAGUCUCUUUGUCUUACGUAAGUACUCAAAAUUGGCCUAUGUUCCAGUAGAUUUUGUCACCUAAGCUACUGUUUGGACCUAAUGAUGUUUGGACACUUUAAUUGUGAUUUUUGUAACAGGUAUUUGAAGGUAAUAAAAGCAGGAAUAUGACA